AUGAUUAUGGUGUCCAAAGCCUUCGUGAACAUGGCAAUACCCACCACAGUUGACCAACCAUCAGGUGAGGAUAACGUUUCCUCUCCUCCAGGUAAGGAAAACAUUUCCUCUCCUCCAGGUGAGGGAAACGUUUCCUCUCCUCCAGGUGAGGAAAACGUUUCCUCUCCUCCAGGUGAGGAAAACGUUUCCUCUCCUCCAGGUGAGGAAAACGUUUCCUCUCCUCCAGGUGAGGAAAACGUUUCCUCUCCUCCAGGUGAGGAAAACGUUUCCUCUCCUCCAGGUGAAGAAAACGUUUCCUCUCCUCCAGGUGAGGAAAAUGUUUCCUUUCCUCCAGGUGAGGAAAACGUUUCCUCUCCUCCAGGUGAGGAAAACAUUUCCUCAAAGCGGAGUCCAACAGAGGCCCAGAACAGAGAAUGGGGUACAUCUCAUCAGCGCCAACUCAUCGCCGCCUACUCAUCCCCGGCUCAACUCAUCCCCGGCCCAACUCAUCCCUGGCCCAUCUCAUCCCUGGCCCAACUUAUUCCCGGCAGUGAUUAA